AUAAAACAAAAUUAAUUCACUGGAAAUGACGCGAUUGAUCGGAUAUUCGACAUAUUUACCUUCGCUAGGUUAUGUUUUGUCUUGCAAUAGAUAAUCGUUUAUUUGUUUAUGCUUUGUACAUUUGAAUCAGAUUUUAACACAAAAUCCGUUUAGAUAACUUCGUCUUCCAUAUUCAAGAGUGCAUAGUGACUUUUUACUGCAAGUUAGAAAGCAAUACGGGUCGAGUGCCGAUUAUGUCGGACGACAACUCAUCCUGAGCAGUGACAGAUUUUUCUUUUAUUUUGUAUCACUCGGGAAUGUUUGCGUCAAAUAAUCUCUCCCUUAUUCCCAGUGACGAUCUGCUAAAUUAUGACAUAGGGGAAGACAUUGAUGAACAGGUCCUGCUGGCUGCCGACGAAGACGACCUCCUGUUGUCAGAUGAAGCAGAAAUCGAUGAACAGAAAGCAAUACUGAAGGACGAGGCUGAGCAAUGGGUGAAUUCGAAGCUGAAAGGAGGAAAGCCACAGAAACCGACUGGAGCGGAUGACAAAAAAGUCGAAGAAGUUGUCACCACAUCUACGUCAUGCACACAUGAGAUAAGCAAAGAUCGGGAUAAAGUAGUCACUGCGGCGGAGUCGGAUGUUUCCACCAGUGAGGAGUCGCCAGCGAAAAAACAUCCGAUCGACGAGGAGCCAGUUGGCGCGAGUUCCUGUGUGCAACCGUCGAAAAACGACGAAGUGUCGUCAACAAACAAAGAAAUUGAGGAUCAGACGGUUUCGCAGACGUCUGAAGCAAAGAGUGAAAAUAUUGUAGAUUUACCCAACACGAAAGAUGAGGAUAAAAGUGCAGCAGUCUUACCAGGCACUUCAGAGAACGAUCAGUCGUCCGACCCGCGUGAGGAUCCCGACGAAGAGCGCGGGGAGCGGACGAAUAUAAAGUUGAGUGCGGAACGGGAUGACCAAGGCGAAAAUUCAUCAGAGAAAGUACAACCUGGACGGUUCCCGUCAAAACGUGGCCGAGGCGGUUUAACCAUACGAGGAGGGCAUUUUCCCGGUUCCCGACCCCCCGUAAGAUAUCCCCACCUCAAUUACCCCCCAUAUCCACAUCAUCAUAAUGAAAAUGUAAACCCUCAGAUGGCCGCUUCGGCUGGCCAAUACCCCACUCCAUAUGGACCAAUGGAUCAGCAAAUGGGUGGCGUUCGGCAGCCAGCACCAUACGGCGCCUGCAAUCCUAUGCCACCUCGUAUGGAUUACCGACCACUUGUCCCGAAUUUCCGGCCCCAGACCCCAAACGAAUUCAGUAUGUAUCGCGGCAUGCGACCUGAUUACAUAAACGGCGUCCAAUACGGUAAUUUUGGUCCUCACGGUAUGCGGCCAAUGUAUCGACCUGACAAUGCAGUACAGCUGCCGCCACAUAUGAGACAACGACUUCCACUACAGCGGCCACCAACUGGACCACCGCCCGGCCAAGGGAAUUUCAUUCCUCAGCAACACCCCCCAAUGGGACCAGGAGGUGGUCAACAUGGAGGCGCUUUGAAUCCUGCUGGAGGAGUCGGUGCGGGUCACUCACUUUCAGCACCGAUGACAGGUCAUCCCGGAUCUGGAGUGGGCUCUGCCGUUCUACCUAGGAAGGUUUUAAUCAAUCCGAAUUUCAAAGGCGGCGUGGAGGCCGCAACAAGUCAACUUAUGAAGGAUACGCAAUUUAUUCAGGCAAUCAGCAGCCACGUAUCACAUUUGCAGAGUGACGAGGAACUUCUUCGGCAGCAGGAGGAGUUCAUUAAUAAAAAUCGCAUUCAUAUUGAGAAAAGACGUUAUGAAAGAUCGCCAGAAAGAAACCGUAGUAGAGAACGAAGUUAUUCUCCUCCUCGUCGGGGGGAUAGGGACAGGCGCGCUGAUAGUAGGGAAAGGCGAGCAGGGUCACGUGGGCGUACCAGGCGUUGUGGCAGUAGAGAGUUUGAAUCCAGAAAUCCCCCGAAAAGGAGGCGCAGUGAUAGCUUUGAAAGGCGCAGAGAAAAAGACAAGGAUCGAAUUGAGGAGGAAGAUGAAGAAACACGAGCUUAUCGAUUGGAGAUAGAAAAACAGAAGGCAAUGCGGGAAAAAAUACUUAAGGAUAAAGAAAUGCGAAGACGGAAAGCGGCUGAAGGAAAAUUGAAUGAGGAAAAGGUAACAGAGGAACCGCCAGCAAAACUCAAACCAAUUAUAGUAACAGAGAGUAAAAUUAUAUCCUUGAAAAAGAAACCAAAAACAAAUGAUGAAAACGAGAAACAGCAACCGCAGCAACAACAAGUAAUCGCGUCGCAAAAACCGAAACCAAUACAGAGAACUAUACCGACAGCUAAGAUUCUUCCAGAAGCGAUAAAGAAAAUAACGGAUCAUACUAGCAAGGAAUCAAUAGUACAUCCAACAACGACGGCGUCGAGUUCUGGAUCUGCGACGCUAGCUGUUAUCAAACCUGUUGUGAAAAAGACAACCAAGAAGCCACAAUUGGAUGUCAAGAGUGCCAUAUUGGAUGAAGAUGAAUUAUUGGAGGAAGAACUGUUAGCAGAUACCCCAUCACCGCCUGCGUCUCCCAAAUCGCUAUCUCCAAUAGACCCAUUCUCUGACGCACCAACACGUGGUGGUAGCGCAUUUAUUUCAUCAAAUCGUCGAGUUAUAUUGAAAUCGUCAAAGGAUUCAAAUCGACCGUCAUCUGACUGCAACACGUCGACUACUGAACAAACAAAGAAGGGAAUUUUUGAUCGUUUAGAAAAACGUAAGAUUAUGGUUAAAAAUGCUGAGUGACUUAAUAGGGACGAUAACAAAAACAGUUUCUUCGACAUCAUUUGUGAUUGAACGUCUUGCUUCCUGCUUGUACAUCUUGAUGGAACCCAAGCUGGAUGAUCGCUGUUUCAUGAGAGUAAACAUUUGACACUGUUAACUUCCUUCGUGCCGUAUAAGUACAAUUAUUUUCUUUAUCUUAUAGAAAUAGGCUUCACAGAACAUGUCCUGUGCCAGUUCGUUUCAAUUGCAUCCUCAAAAGUAAUACUUUAUCCGAUUUGUUAUACCAAUACUCUGGCCCAUGCAUUUGUCCAAGCACCAGACAAUGUGAACCAAACAUAUUUUUAGGACGAUUUUCUUUGUAACGGCAAUUAUAAUGCUUUAACAUAAUUUUAAUGAGAUUCUGAUUCUAUUAUUAUCCUAGUAUUUAAUUUCAAGUUGAUUGGUUUAUUUUGUAAAGUGAGAAUGGGAAUAAAAUCGAAUUAAUUUAGGGAGCACCAACUCCGACCAAAAAUAGCAUGCAUUAUAUUUUUAUAUGAAACUUUCCUCAUAUUAAAAGUAAUAUUUGUAACGUUUUAAUCGAACAAUGAUGAUAAAUAUUGUAAACAAAGACGAAGGACGAUACUAAUUUCAAUUAUCUUGUUAUGGUUGCAGUGAUGAAAAGUGUAUUUUUGAACCUCUACUUGUUUUUGCCAGAAAUCAUUUAUAAGAUCACACAAAAGUUGUGUUUGUAUUAAUGUGUUCUUUCCGUUUCCUUUGCAGUAAUUGUAAAAAUGAUUGAGAAUGACAACGGUUAUGUUAAAAUAAUUGAAAUAUAUGUAAGUUAACUGUUUCCUUUGUUUAUUUAGUGACAGGGUACAUGUUUGUAUCAUUUUACACUAUUUGAUUUCUUAGUUUAUAGGCAAAAUAAACUGAAAGCUGAAUAUUACAAUGUGUUUGUGUGCGUAUUUAAUAUUGAUAAUUUAUAUUUAAAAUUGAUAGAGAUUGCAAGAUAUUUGAGUAAGGAAUAGAUUUAAGAUAGUUGCGUUUUGCUUGGACAUCGAUUAUGAAGUUUAAAUGAAAUGUGAAUGCCGUACCUUUUUGGAAAUAAUGUGAAAUGGCCAGCAAUUGGCCGCAACUUUAACACAAAAAUUGUUUUAUAAAUUUCGAAAGACUUCAACGUGGUUCAAAAGUAUCAGCAAGAGGGAUGAUUAGAUUAAAGUGAUAAUAACCCUUAAAUACAAUAUUAUAAGUUAUUUAAUCCUUUUUGUUUGAAAUUUAUCAUUGAAGCGUGUGAACAACACCCCAUUUCUGGGAAUAAUGAAUUUAUUGUAACGAACUUCUAGCUUAUAACAAAUUACAGUGAAAAAUGAAAUUAGAUGGGACAAAUUGAACCUAAAAUAUGAACAGCAACAACUAGAUAAACUUACAAUACAAAAAUGACUAGAUUUAACGAGAUGUAGGCAUAAGAUAAAUUCUAAUUAUAUAAAGCCCGAAUAAUAUUAUAAGUAUUUGUUAAACUCUUAGUAUCAUCUACAGUGACUAUGUAAAUCAUUAUAAAAAUAUAUUCCCUAUAUGUGUAUAUUAGAAAAUUAGUUUCAUGUUUUCGUCAUAAACGGACUUUGGCUAAUAUAACACAAACAAACUGAACUUAAUUGUGAUAUUCCUAUCAUUAUUUCGUAUCCAUAUUUUCAUUUCUUUAUAUAUUUUAUUUUUUUUUAAGAGACAGUUUUAGUUACAAAAAUACAAAUUGAAUCCAACACGAUACAAGUGAUACAUAAAAAAGAAAACAAUCAUGACUGAGUGCGAAUGAUUGAUCGAUAAAAAAGACAAAAAAAAACACUAGAAAACAGAAAAUAAAAUAAUUUAAUUGAAA